GCUGGCGCGGGUAGUUGGAGGUGGGGAGACGUGUGGUUGGGGGGCGCGGCGCCUGUUGCUGCUGCUGGACUCGCCCGGCUUGGAGGACUUACUGCUUGUUCCUGCUUUGUUUUAUUUCUUUGUCCCCCUCACUUUUUCCAGCUGCUUUGCGAGCGAGAGGAUUUACUUGCUGCGUUGGCUCGCUUGUCUCUUCGCUUCCUGCCUGCGUCUGAACGUCUCUGGUCCGGUCCCCCCCUCGGGGCAGGCGGGUGGGCCAUGGAGGAGAAGUACCUGCCCGAGCUGAUGGCGGAGAAGGACUCGCUGGAUCCGUCCUUCACCCACGCGCUGCGGCUGGUGAACCAAGAAAUCGAGAAAUUUCAAAAAGGUGAAGGAAAGGAAGAGGAAAAAUACAUUGAUGUAGUGAUUAAUAAAAAUAUGAAACUGGGACAGAAAGUAUUAAUUCCAGUCAAACAGUUUCCUAAGUUCAACUUCGUGGGGAAACUUCUGGGCCCGCGUGGCAAUUCUCUGAAGCGCUUGCAAGAAGAGACAUUGACAAAAAUGUCAAUAUUGGGAAAAGGAUCCAUGAGGGACAAGGCAAAGGAAGAAGAGUUGAGGAAAAGUGGCGAAGCAAAGUACUUCCACCUAAAUGAUGACCUGCAUGUGUUGAUCGAAGUGUUUGCUCCACCCGCAGAAGCGUAUGCCAGAAUGGGACAUGCACUGGAAGAAAUUAAGAAGUUCCUCAUCCCUGACUACAAUGACGAGAUCAGACAGGCGCAGUUGCAGGAGUUGACGUACUUGAACGGUGGCUCAGAAAAUGCCGAAGUCCCAGUCGUCCGUGGAAAGCCUUCUUUACGGGCCCGGGGAGUUCCAGCCCCUGCUCUGGCAAGAGUCCGUGGUGGUGUGCCACCCCCACCUUCAGGCAUUCCAAGAGGGGCUCCAGCACCCAGAGGAGUACCUCCUGGCAGAGGUCCUGUCUCUCGUGGCCGUGGUCUUCUGACACCCAGGGCAAGAGGAGUCCCUCCAUCUGCAGGCUACCGACCUCUUCCACCACCUCCACCGCAGGACACAUACGGAGAAUAUGAUUAUGACGAUGGAUACGGCACUUCAUACGACGAGCAGAGUUACGAUUCAUAUGAUAACAGCUAUAGUACCUCAGCACAAAGCGGGGCCGAUUAUUACGACUAUGCCCACGGCUUGGGUGAGGAUACGUACGAUUCUUACAGACAGGAAGAGUGGACCAACUCAAGACACAAGGCACCUCCAGCACGAACAGCGAAAGGAGCCUACAGAGAGCAGCCAUAUGCCAGAUACUGAUUAUACUGUCUGAUGUUGUGAAAUAUCCAAUCUCCACCAGUCCUGUAUACUGUUCAAAGUAAUUUUUUUCUAUGAACAAUCUCCCUUUUUAUUAAAAUCAAAGUGCUUAAUCUGAAUGGACGGACUGAGCUUAAUCUAUUUUUUGCUGAACGAAAAACCUGGACAGGAAGAUGUGUGAAAACCGAGGAGCUUUGUUUAUUUCCAGAUCGUAUUCGGGAGGGGGAAAAAUAGGUGAUCAAAAAAAAAAAGGAAAAAAAAUAACCUUUGAUUUAACUAGCGUUAAAAACAGCUAGGUUUACUAAAUAUGUUAAUCCGUUAUUUUAACCGAAGCGUAACCUUUUCUUUUAAAGGUUUUCAACUAUUUAGUUCUUCUAGUUUUUAUCCUUCAACCAUUUUGCUAGUCUUUCUCUUGCAAACAUGCGUAAAAAGGGAAACAGAUCACCAAUGCAAAUAAUGUGGUAUUUUGUAACUUGAGUCUUGAAAUGUUCUGUAGUGUUAAGCAAAGUUUACUCUUGCUUGAUACUAAAUAAACUUUUGAAAGAAAAAACA